AUGGGAGUUGAAUGCUGGAGAAACCGUCUGCUCCUGUUGGUUGUCCUAGUCCUGGUGGCCAAAUUGGGUCACUUUCAAAGGUGGGGAGGAUUCCGGGAGAAGUCCACGAGCAAGAAAAACAUGAAUUCAACACUUAAAUUUUUCAUUGAAAACUACAACAAUGUGAGCAAUGACACCUACUUAUUUCGAGUAGACAAGCUACUUCAAAGUCAUAUGCAGCUGACAACAGGAGUGGAAUAUCUCGUCACUGUGAAGAUUAGCCGAACCAAGUGCAAGAAGAACAGCACAAGAAGUCGUUCAUGCCCCCGUCAAAGUGAGAAAAAUUUGAAAAAGAGUUUCAUUUGUGAUUUUUUGAUGUACACUCUACCCUGGAUGAACUAUUACGAGCUUUGGAACAACUCCUGUCUGGAGGCCUAA